AUGGAUCCCUACACGUUCGGUGGCAAAUACAGGCUCGAGGAAGAAAUCUCCAUUGACGGCUGUGGCGUCCACACCACCUCCGGAAAGGAAGUCACCAUCAAGCUCGAGCCCGCCAUUGCAAAGUCCUCGCCCCUCAAACAAGAGUCCAAGAUCUACAAGACCCUCAUGAAUGGCCCCGGCGUCCCGGCAAGCGGGGACCUUUUCCGCAUGUACAACCGCCACUUCUCCUUCAAGACCGUCCUCAUGCUCGCCGAUCAACUGCACAUCCACUCUCGCGACUUCGUCUAUUGCGAUAUUAAGCCUGCAAACUUUACUGCUAGCUCCGACUGCGUGGUCAACGUUAUUGACUUCGGCCUCGCAAAGAAGUUCCGCGACCCCCGCACCAGCUUCCACAUCCCUUAUCACCAGGAUGACCACCACGGUGUAGGCACCUGUCUCUUCGCCGCCAUCAGCACCCAUCUUGGCAUCGAGUGCUCCCGCCGCGACGACCUCGAAGGCCUCGCCUACAUACUCAUCUACUUCCUUCGCGGCACCUUUCCCUGGCGGAAGAUCAAGGACUCCUCCGUGUCCGACACCUGGGACCUCAUCCGCGACAAGAAGCUUGAGACCGAAUCCGUCCUCACCAUCGGCCUCUCCAGCGAGUUUGACAUCGUCUACAAGUACGUCCGCGCCCUCGAGUUUGAAGACCUCCGGGACUACGAGGGCCCCCGCUCCCUCUUCCGGGGGCUCGCGGAGAAACAUGGCUUCGAGUACGACGGCGUCUUCGACUGGUGCGCCACAGGCCACGUUGAAGGCCGUCAACCGGCGCGGUAA